CGGCUGGGAACCGGCUCCCGGGCGCGGCACACACCUCCGAACUCGCGGCGAGUCCCGGCCGCAGGCAGGUCUGCCACGCGUGCACACCUCCCGCAUGCCACCUCCCCACGGCUCGCGGCGCUGAGCCCGGCCCCGCGCGUGUCGGCGAGGAAGAGGUCCGACUAGGGAGCCGGCCGGGGGCUGCUCGCCGCGCCAGCUCCCGCUCCUCCUCCUGCUGCUCGCCGCUGCCGCCACUGCCGCGUGGAUGCCAAGUACCAGCUUUCCAGUACCUUCCAAGUUUCCACUCGGCCCUCCGGCCGCAGUCUGCGGGAGCGGAGAAACUUUGCGGCCCGUGCCGCCCGCCGGAGGCACCAUGAAGGCGGCCGAGGAAGAACACUACAGCUAUGCAUCCCCUGGCAUCACCUCGACUCUGCCUCUUCCCACAGCGCACACCUCCCUGCCAGCCCCAUGCCAUGACCUCCAGACAUCCACCCCUGGUAUCUCAGCUGUUCCUUCAGCAAAUCAUCCCGCGAGUUAUGGAGGGGCUGUGGACAGCGGGCCCUCGGGGUACUUUCUGUCCUCUGGAAACACCCGGCCCAAUGGGGCCCCAACUCUGGAGAGUCCUCGAAUUGAGAUCACUUCCUACCUGGGCCUCCACCAUGGCGGCAGCCAGUUUUUCCAUGACGUGGAGGUGGAAGAUGUGCUUCCCAGCUGCAAGCGGUCACCAUCCACGGCCACCCUGCACCUGCCCAGCCUGGAAGCCUACAGAGACCCCUCCUGCCUGAGCCCAGCCAGCAGCCUGUCCUCAAGGAGCUGUAAUUCCGAGGCCUCCUCCUAUGAGUCCAACUACUCGUACCCGUACGCAUCCCCCCAGACCUCUCCGUGGCAGUCACCCUGCGUGUCUCCCAAGACCACAGACCUUCUGGGAUCUCCAAGACACUCCCCAUCCACCUCUCCGCGCGCCAGUGUCACCGAGGAGAGCUGGCUCGGUGCACGUGGCUCCCGGCCCACAUCCCCCUGCAACAAACGCAAGUACAGCCUCAAUGGCCGGCAGCCCUCCUGCUCACCCCACCACUCACCCACACCGUCCCCGCAUGGCUCCCCUCGGGUCAGCGUGACCGAGGACACCUGGCUCGGAAACACCACCCAGUAUACCAGCUCUGCCAUUGUGGCAGCCAUCAACGCCCUGACCACUGACAGCACCCUGGACCUGGGUGAUGGCGUCCCUAUCAAGUCUCGAAAGACAACCCUGGAGCACGCACCCUCGGUGGCCCUCAAGGUAGAGCCAGCUGGGGAAGACCUGGGCACCACUCCGCCCACCUCUGACUUCCAACCCGAGGAGUUCGCCUUCCAGCACCUUCGCAAGGGUGCCUUUUGUGAGCAGUAUCUGUCGGUGCCACAGGCCCCGUACCAGUGGGCAAAGCCCAAGUCUCUGUCCCCUACGACAUACAUGAGCCCAUCUUUACCCGCCCUUGACUGGCAGCUGCCAUCCCACUCCGGUCCGUAUGAGCUUCGGAUCGAGGUGCAGCCCAAGUCUCACCACAGGGCUCACUAUGAGACAGAAGGCAGCCGGGGGGCUGUGAAGGCCUCAGCUGGAGGACACCCCGUCGUGCAGCUACAUGGUUACUUGGAAAACGAGCCGCUCACGCUACAGCUGUUCAUUGGGACAGCCGACGACCGCCUGCUGCGGCCCCACGCCUUCUACCAGGUCCACCGGAUCACGGGGAAGACUGUCUCCACCACCAGCCACGAAGCCAUCCUGUCCAACACCAAAGUCCUGGAGAUCCCUCUACUUCCGGAAAAUAACAUGCGAGCCAUCAUUGACUGUGCUGGGAUCCUGAAGCUGAGAAACUCGGACAUAGAGCUGAGGAAAGGGGAGACGGACAUCGGGAGAAAGAACACCAGGGUGCGGCUGGUCUUCCGCGUUCACAUCCCACAGCCCAAUGGCCGCACGCUGUCUCUCCAGGUGGCCUCAAACCCCAUCGAGUGCUCCCAGCGGUCGGCCCAGGAGCUGCCCCUUGUGGAGAAGCAGAGCACGGACAGCUACCCAGUCAUCGGCGGCAAGAAGAUGGUGCUGUCUGGCCAUAACUUUCUGCAAGACUCGAAGGUCAUUUUCGUGGAGAAAGCUCCAGAUGGCCACCACGUCUGGGAGAUGGAAGCAAAAACCGACCGAGACCUGUGCAAGCCAAAUUCCCUGGUGGUGGAGAUACCGCCUUUCCGCAACCAGAGAAUCACCAGCCCUGUGCAAGUCAGCUUCUACGUCUGCAACGGGAAGCGGAAGAGAAGCCAGUACCAGCAUUUCACGUACCUUCCUGCCAAUGUUCCAAUUAUAAAGACGGAACCCACGGACGACUUUGAGCCAGCUCUGACCUGUGGACCAAUGAGCCAGGGACUUAGUCCUCUGCCUAGGCCCUACUAUAGCCAACAGCUCACCAUGCCUCCCAACCCCAGCUCCUGCCUCGUGGCUGGCUUCGCCCCCUGCUCACAGAGGAGCACACUGAUGACCACGCCUCCCGACGCAAGCCCGAAGCUCCAUGACCUCUCUUCCACUGCCUACACCAAGGGCCUCACCAGCCCAGGCCACAGUGGUCACCUCGGACUUCAGCCACCAGCUUCGGAGGUCCCUGCCAUGCAGGAAGUGCCGAGACCCAUGGCCAUGCAGCCCAACUCGCCUGAGCAGCCCCCGCCCGCCCGGCUGCAGCCGCAGUAAAUGAAAUCAUUCGCAAUGACCUCUCCAGCACGAACCCCCACUCCUAAUUCAGCGCCUUGGAGCUGGCAGAAGCUGUGUGGAGCUGGCUUGGUGCAGACAACUGGGCUUCAGCGAGCAAGACUUUGAUGAAAUAAACUGAACCCACAUCUGGUACCACUCAGAAAUCCCAACUUACCGAUUCUAGGAGCUUAUGUCUGAAGAAGUAACUCUCUAACAAGGAUGGAGCAAAAGAGGAGGCCACUGCAACUCCUGAGAGAAAAGUCAUCUCAACGGAAGAGAAGGGCUGGCCUGUGGGGCCAGGAGCAGAUGCUGGCCCACGGAAGAAAGGCCUGUAUGGCAGACUGACCCCAAGCCUGACCCUCCUGCCUACCGGAGGAAAACACUGGAAGUGCCUUAUUUCAUCCAACCACCACACCAGGGCAUUGUGGAAGCAAGCAUUGAAUUUUCUACCUUGAGAGAAUUUGUAGGAGCCAAAGCUAUUUUAAAAACAAACACUUUGUUAGGAGCCUUUAUCCUUUGUAUCAAUUGAUAGGAUUCUGGUGAGCUAUGGCUUCCUAUUUAUUUCUGACUUUGCUGCCUGCCCUCCACAGCUUGCCUGCCUUUUCCAGUGCGUUCCUGAGGUCUUCCAAUGGUCAUCUCGGCUCUUUCCUAGUCAGCUCCGUCUGUGUGACUAAAACCGCAGCUUUGUUAAUAAUAGCAUGCUGAGCUUUUCGUUCUUAAUCCGGCUUCCGACACAGCACAAGGAAGUUGAACUGCACAAGACAGGGGUCCUGGACAGAACAAAACCUACCGGCUACAGGACAGCACCUUGUGUUUGCAUGCGUGUACAUAGAGGCGUUUAUUUAUGUAGAGAUAUUCAAGAACGGAGAUGGUGAUGACCAGUCCGUGCCCAACGGGGGCUCCCGUGUUAGCAAUAAUGAGUGUCCACCUUGAGAAUGCACCUCAGAGUCCAGACCCGAUUUCCCAGCACCUUGCAUCAGCGGCGUCUGUCGCCCCUGCACAGACAGGUGGCAUUUUCCUAUCUCGAGUAGUUACCGAGCACUCUAGACGCAGGAGAGCCGUGCCCAGACGUCCGUGGCUACCAAACGGCCAAGUCUGAAGGUGGUUGGUUGUAAAUAACCAUUACAGAAGGAGUGUAAUAUAUUUGUUCAAUUAUAAGAUUAUUAUUUCACAGAAGCCUUAUAGCUCUCUGCUUCAUCUAAGAAGACAAUUACCAAAAACAAUGUUUCUGUAUGCAGUCUGUGGAUAGCGGUUUUCAGCUUAGUUUCCGGUAACAGAUAGGCUGGUGUCGGCUGUGUGUAAUUAGCUGCUUAUUACAGUUACUAGCAGUGACCUAUUAUUUCUUAUAACCAAAAAGCAUGGUUUAAUUAAAACAUGUUUAAUGAUUGUGCCUUAGGAGUUAAUGCCCCCUUCUGGAACAUGCCUGAAUUACACCUGUGGGUGGACGUUGUAAGUCAGUCACAGACGAAGUCAUGACAGGAAAAGCUCUCUCAUAGGAAGGAAGAUACAUCUUUAGAAUGGUCGUCUGUAGAUGGUGUCUUACCUUUCUCCAACUCUCAGAAAGAAACAAAUGUUUGAAAGCCAUAUCGAACGUUUUCACACGACUGUGAAGAGCUGGCGUGUGCCACCUUGUACACACACAGCUCCUGGUCGCCUGCAGGCUGCCUCCUGCCUGCAUCUAGUAUGUAUCUGUGUUUGUUAGCACCAUGGAGUUGCAUGACCCAUUCUUAGAAGACUACCGUAUGAAAGCAAGCAUUGGAUAUUCGUGUCAGCUAUCUUUGUAGUUAGAAAACGGAUCCAAUAAAGCAGUAUUUUUUUU